AUGGCCGAGACCGUGCAGUCCCGAGCCGUCGAUAAGACGUCGGGUGGAAAUGCGGCCUACCACAAUUUCCACAACGACUUCCUCCAUGUCCAGGACCCCAACGAGCGUCGUCGUCUUGCCCUUGCAGAGAUCGACAAGGCCCCUUUCGGAUGGUACCAUGUGAGGGCUAUCCUGGUCGCAGGCGUGGGCUUCUUCACAGACUCCUAUGAUAUCUUCGCAGCUUCACUCCUCACUCUGAUGCUCGGUGUUGUCUACUAUCCCGGUGUGGGCAAGAUGCCUGUCAGCUCUGACACCGCGAUCAAGCUGGCUACUAGUGCUGGCACUGUCAUAGGCCAGUUCGGCUUCGGCACUCUCGCUGAUAUCGUCGGUCGUAAGAAAAUGUAUGGUCUGGAGCUCAUCAUCAUCAUCUUCUCGACGGUUGCUCAGGCCCUUACCAGCAACUCUCCCUCCAUGGAUGUCAUCGGACUCAUCAUCUUCUGGAGAGUGCUCAUGGGAGUCGGCAUCGGUGGUGACUACCCCUUGUCGUCCAUUAUCACAUCCGAGUUUGCGACAACCAAGUGGCGAGGAGCAAUGAUGGGCGCGGUCUUCGCUAUGCAAGGAAUUGGCCAGCUCGCGGCCGCCUUUGUGAUGCUGUUCGUUACCCUCGGCUUCAAGGACUCUCUCGAGACCUCCACCAAGCUGGCAAACUGUACUGGAGACUGCGCUGUUGCCGUGGAUAAGAUGUGGAGAGUUCUCAUCGGGUUUGGAGCUGUCCCCGGUUGUAUCGCUCUCUACUUCCGGUUGACUAUCCCUGAGACUCCUCGAUAUACUUUCGACGUCAAGAUGGACGUGGAGAAGGCCGACGAGGACGCCAAGCUGUACGUCAGCGGCAAGAGGGGUGAGGCAUCUGUCGACGAGGUCGCCCGGCUGGCUGCUCAGAAGAAUGCCAAUGAGAACAUGAAGGUCGAGAAGGCCAGCUUCAAGGACUUCAUGCGUCACUACUCCAUCCCAAAGAAUGGGAUGCUCCUCGCUGGCUGUGCCCUCUCCUGGUUCUUCCUCGAUGUUGCCUACUACGGCCUUUCUUUGAACAAUGCCACCAUCCUCACCGCCAUCGGCUACUCGACCUCACAUGCUAAGACCACUUAUGAGAUCCUGUACAACACCGCUAUUGGCAACCUGAUCAUCGUCCUCGCUGGCGCCGUUCCCGGCUACUGGGUUACAGUGGCGACCGUCGACACCCUCGGCCGCAAGCCCAUCCAGCUUGGUGGCUUCAUCAUCCUCACGAUCCUGUUCAUCAUCAUGGGUUUCGCGUACGAGAAACUCGGCCAAAACGGCCUGCUCGCCAUCUACGUGCUGGCCCAAUUCUUCUUCAACUUCGGGCCCAACUCGACGACCUUCAUCGUCCCCGGCGAGUGCUUCCCGACGCGAUACCGCUCCACGUCGCACGGCAUCUCCGCGGCAUCGGGCAAGAUCGGCUCCAUCAUCGGCCAGGGCGCCAUCGCGCCGCUGCGGACCCGCGGCGCCACCAAGGACAACGCCAACCCGUGGCUCAACCACGUGCUCGAGAUCUUCGCGCUCUUCAUGCUCUGCGGCGUCUUCUCAACGCUGAUGAUCAAGGAGACCAAGCGCAAGACCCUCGAGGAGCUCGCCGAGGAGGACGACUACGCCACGCGCGGCUUGCCGUCGCAUGCCGGCUCCGGGGAGGGGGUCCUAGAGAAGGACAGGGACGCGCGGACCCCCGAGGAGAGCGUCUAG